UCUCGGUGGUACCUGAGCUCAUCAAGGCGCGACGGCGGCAGGAGCUGUGUCCGGCUCCUUCCAGAGCGCUCCCGGCGGGAUUGUUUUCAGAAAGACAUGACCACGCAGUAUGGUAUUCUCUUCAAGCAAGAGCAAGCUCACGAUGAUGCCAUUUGGUCAGUUGCCUGGGGAAAGAACAAAAAUGAUGGUUCUGAAACAGUGAUCUCUGGCUCUUUGGAUGAUCUGGUGAAGGUCUGGAAGUGGAAUGAUGAAAAGCUGGAUCUGCAGUGGACUCUGGAGGGUCACCAGCUGGGGGUGGUGUCUGUGGACAUCAGCCACACGGGUGCCAUUGCAGCAUCCAGCUCCCUGGAUGCCCACAUUCGCCUCUGGGACUUGGAGACUGGCAAACAAAUCAAGUCCAUAGAUGCUGGUCCUGUUGAUGCUUGGUCCCUGGCUUUUUCACCUGAUUCCCAGUACCUUGCAACAGGAAGUCACGUGGGGAAAGUAAAUAUUUUCGGAGUUGAAUCUGGAAAGAAAGAAUAUUCUCUGGACACCAGAGGAAAGUUCAUCCUUAGCAUUGCAUAUAGUCCAGAUGGAAAGUACUUGGCCAGUGGAGCAAUAGAUGGCAUUAUCAAUAUUUUUGAUAUUGCAACUGGAAAACUUCUGCACACGCUAGAAGGCCAUGCCAUGCCCAUCCGCUCACUGACCUUCUCCCCUGACUCCCAGUUACUCGUCACCGCCUCCGACGACGGCUACAUCAAAAUCUACGACGUGCAACAUGCAAACUUGGCUGGUACAUUAAGUGGUCAUGGAUCCUGGGUUUUAAAUGUAGCGUUUUGUCCCGAUGAUACCCAUUUUGUUUCCAGCUCAUCUGAUAAAAGUGUAAAAGUUUGGGAUGCUGGAACGAGGACCUGUGUCCAUACUUUCUUUGACCACCAAGAUCAGGUAGGGCUGCUAUUCCCUAAGCCACCAUGUUUCCAGGAGAGCUUGUGUAGUUGUGCACAUUUGUGCUUCACCUUGGUGCUGCAGCUCCAGGCUUGCACUAAUGCAGCUUUAGCUUGCUAUGAUGAAAUUCCAGAAUUUGUGGUUAUUUAGCACUUAAUAUUGACCUAGUACUCCCAAGUGUAUACGCUGAUCUCUUCCAGUUAACUACCAUUUUUCAGGCCCAGAUAAAGGCAAUCCUGAGUGGCCAAAGUCUCACCAGACUCUUUUGUUACCUUUGUCUCUGGUUUUAUUCCCGUGACUUACAUGGCAUGUGCAUGUGUGAAGGCGGAAAUACGUAUUGAAAAGAAUGGAAUUACCUAAACACAUGCUUGAAAGCAGCCUGGAAACUUGGGAGUUUUUCCUCCUCCAAUGUCUGUAAUACUGUGGAUUUUUAAUUUAUUGCUCAGUGAUAGCUACCUGUGAGGGAAGGAGUUCGGUUUCUAUCCAUUUAUUCUUUGUCCAAAUGUCAGGUGAUAAACACAACAGCGUUAUAUUUUAAUGGAUCACUGAGCAAGAAACAACUAUUCUUCCAGAUUUUAUUUGAAUGUUUUCUUCUGUAGCACUUUCUUGCUGGUAACCUUCUUUUCAGUUAUCUCUAGCUAUGGGGGUUUUAAUAUUAAACUACCAAGUGAGACUUCAUUUGCCCUGUUGUUUCAGCUGUUGAGCAUAAUCUCGUUCAGUCUGUGGCAAACAGAGGUAUAUCAGCUACUGGGAAUGCUGUUUGGGUACUAAUGCAAAACAGCGUACAAGAUUGCCCAAAAUACACUGUUGUCAGCACACCCGGUCAGCGUUUCACAUUAAUAUGUACUGGGUAGCCUUCACCCUUCCUGAUGUCAUUCUGAUGGAGAUGGGUGUCACUUGAAAGCUUGUGAAACUGCCUUGAAUCAGAGGACUGACCUGAAUUUUUCUAAGUUUUGCACUGGUAGGUCAAUGGUUCUCUGAGAGAGCUCAAAGAUAAACCAGGUCACUUUUCUGUCUGUCAUAAUGUGUCAGUCUGCAUGACAAAUACUUCCUCUCUUGCUUUCCUGCGCUGUAAAAUACUGUUCUCAUAAAGGGGUGCAGAUGGGCAAGAGAGAAAAUGCUUGGGUUAUUUAUGCCAGCUGGAGCAAGUGUAAGAGGAUCUGGCUUGUGUAACGCACUGUCAGUGGGAGUGGCUGCUAGAGGGCAGUGUCCUGCUCUGCUUCGGCAGCCUGAGCUGUUGAAGCAAAACCCAGAACUGCACGAGUUCUCCUCAGGUGACUUUUCAAUAAUCCUUUCUCUACUGCCUGUUGUAAGACUGCCAUGAAUAUUCUUUUUCUUUGUCCUCUCUCUAAAAAC